AUGAAGGCACCAGCGUGGCUAUGCUUUACACAUGUAGGGAGGAGAAAUUUUGGGAGUUCCUAUUUGACGAAGAAGCUGAAGACGAUAAACGACCGGGCACUCAAGUACCAUGAGGAUUAUAUAAAAUCGUUAGAUAUUCUGGAGGGGAAGAAUAGAAGCGUAAUGAAGGAAAUUUUUCCGAAUAAGAAAAGCGAAAUAAAUGAUUUAUUUUUUCAAAGAUAUGGAAAAUCGAACGGAGUUGAUACAUCCAAGGGGACAGAAAACUUGGACGACGAUGUAGAUUUGUUGGAUCUCCAUACAUCAGAAAGGGGUCAGUAUCAACACGAAAUGAAAAGUAUGACAUUAGACGAAUUCGGAAGUGUAAGGGUUAUACAUAACGACAUCCUGGAGGAGGAGGCGGACUGCAUGCUGAUCCCGAUGGUAUCAAACUUCGUGCCUUUAAGCGGAUUUGGUGCGUAUGUACUACACAGAGGAGGGCGAGAAUUAGUGAAGGAAAUAUUUAUCACCAUAAAGGCACUAAUUAAGAAACGAAUAGAUGUAUUAAAUGAACAUAGAGAAGAAUACCUAUCGGGAAGCAAGGACAAACUUAGCAGCGAAAAAGAGUUUAAAAAUAUGAUUAAUAAUGCAAAGUCGUUACAAGUAGGAGACGUUAUUUUAUCCAAGCCUCACAACGUUAGCGACAAAGUAAAAUUAUUGGCCUUUUUAAUAAUGCCAUAUUUCUGGCAAGGAAAUAAUUAUGUAUCUUCAAACAAGUUAAGAUAUUCUUUCGCUAGUGCGUUAAAACAACUAAAUGAGCUAUGUAUUUCGUCAGUCAUCCUACCUGAUAUUGCAUCCGGCAUUUAUGGCUACGCACCAAGUAGCUCUAGUCACAUCCUGCUGGACGAAGCAGUCGAAUCGAUUCUACAGAUCGGUGCCACUGUUCCUGUGUAUAAUUUGAAUUCCAUUUCUGUUGUUGAUAAGGAUAUAAAUACAUGCAAAACAUUUAGUGAAGCACUUGAAGAUGUGUCCAGAAAUUACCUUCCUCACAGAAAAGUUCUUCCUGCACCCAAAUACUGGAAUGUCGUGAAUAGGAGACUGUUGGAAAUUCCAUCCAAUGUCAUUAAUUUUUGUAGGAAGCAUAAUAAAAUUUCUUUUAGAAAAUAUCAUGGUAUUAUCAGGCGUAAGUUUCAACAUUAUUAUAGUAAUAUUAGGCCCUUUAAAUGGAGAGCAUCUAGGGUUAUCGAACCGAACCCUUUUCUUGUCUAUCAAAAUUCUGGUGAACCUAGCUCCUAUCAGUAUGGCCCCAAGCCUUACUACUACAAGGGCGUAUCCCACACUCUUUACAAUAUUGGUAAGAAGGGCUUGCUUAACAUUCGUGUCGGUCGCCAUGGCAAGCUACAGGCGUUGAAGAAUGUGUCCAGCAUUUCGCUCGAGACGAAGCCGCGCCUU